AGAUGUUGCUUUUACAAGCUAUGAGGUCGCAAUACAAAUGGAUGUUUCUACUGAAAUGAUGAUAUUUGGUGUGGCUGGGAUUGAUCCUGAAAGAAGAGAAGAGCUAAUCAAGGUUGGAUGAAUCUUUUUUAUGUCACUUAAGCCUAACCUAACACUUUAACAUGCUCUUAGUUUAUGUCUGAGCAUGCUUUUCAUGAAUAUUUUUGUUGAUAGUAGAUGAGUUUUUUGAUAAUAAGGUACUUGUGUCUUUAACAUACAGAAUGAGUUAUACUUUACCAAGUUUAAAGUGAAACAGAACAGUACCAUAAAUUAUUUAUGCCUUUAGCAUUUUCUAAAUUAUCUAGUUAAUUUGCAUAGAUACGGGCAUACGAGCAUAUCCUCUCAGCCUAACUGGCUUGAUGCCAGAUAACACUUCAAGGAUGUCCUGUAGAGGCCAGAGGCUAUAUCAUCCUUUGAGUUGCGCCACGUGGUCCGAGUACACAGUUAUCGAUGUUAACUACCUUGUUAAGGUUGAUCCAAACAUUAAUCCAGCUCAUGGCAGCUUCAUCUCAUGUGGGUUCUCAACUGGCUAUGGAGAUGCAUGGAAGGAAGCCAAAGUUGAAAGUGGAUCAAGUGUUGCUAUUUUUUGUCUUGGUGUUGUUGGAUUAGGGGUUAUAAGUGUAGCAAAAAUGUUGGGGGCAACUAGGAUAAUAGGGAUUGACAUAAAUGAUAUGAAAAGAGAAAAAGGUGAAGCUUUUGGAAUGACUCACUUUAUAAAUUCAAGUAAUUCUAAUAAAUCUCCUUCAAAAUUCAUUAAAGAAUUGAGUGAUGGAUUUGAUGUGGAUUUUCAUUUGAGUGCAUUGGAGUUGGCCCUUUUCUUACUGAAUCAUUAGAAGCUAUAA